AUGGGGUUCUUCAACAAACCACUCCUGCCCGCUCGCUAUGACAACGAAGAUGUACAGAUUAGUGCAGAGCUCUGCUCCAAUAUUUCUCUCAUCAUUGUUGGACUUGCCAAGGGUGAAAUCACGAUCCUGAGUGGGAAUGAGGACAUGAUUCAUAUCAAGACCAGUGUUCAGGCCAAGGAGUCAAUCCUCACCAAUGGUGCUGCAUUGGAGCCCAUCCAAAUUGGAGAUCACUACACAUACACAAUCCAUACACCUUUAGAGGACAAAUUAAAAAGCGCUGUGACCUUCCAGGUCUUCAUCACUAUCCCUCGACAUCUCGAAAGUCUAGAGUCCUUUACAAUCCAUGGAUCUAAUAUCGAACUGUCUAUCGGAAACAUCUCUCAUACUUUCAUCCGGACUCUGGCCAUCCAGAAUUGCCGUGGUGAUAUCACUCUCGAAAGCUUCUACGGAGAAUCGGCUAUUAUCAAGAGCACGAUCGCUGGCAGUAUAUGUGGCAAAUACUCAGUCGCGCGAUUACUCGCCAAUGCUAAAUCUGGCAAGAUUAUAUCUGAGGUCCAUCUUCUCAACACUGAUGAAUCUCAACCACACCCAAAAGUCGUUUGCUCCACUUUGCACCACCCCGUCAUCCUCUCUGUUGAUGGUACAGAUCUCUUUGGUCAAUUCGCAGUCGAAGCCAAGACUCAAUGUCAACCCUUGGACGUGAAGGUCCUGCUUGCAAGCCCACACCAGAGACUUUUAGGCAACUUUAUCAACUUUGGAGGCCCUGCUCGGAUCAGGCUCUCAGGCAAUUAUCAAGGCAGAGUCGAAACUAGGACACUUUAUGGCAGGAUCAUAAUUGAUGAGCCAGAAUUCAAAAAACUUGAGGGUGCCACGCUUAGUUUACCUUCCCCUAGUGGUUGCAAAACAUCCGGAUUAAGGCUGUCCAGUCAAUUGAAUUUUCCACCUUCGGGUGCUGGUACUGGACUAUCUUCAUUAUCCUCAUCCUCAUCAUCCUCAUCCAUCUCUUCUUUACACCAAAGCGUCGCAAAAUCAUCCAGGACAUCAUCUCAAGGAAGUGUAGGUUGGGAUCGUGAUGAUCCUCGUCAUAUCCUAUACAGUAACGAUCUUAAUCAUCAAAAGCACCCUUUUGACCAAUAUUCUAAUGUCAACAGCAGUUCUGUUCCUGGAUCGACCAUAAUACCCUCUGGAGUCAACUCGUACACCAACUCGAUCUAUGAAUCCACCAUUGAAACAAAAUCGACUGUUACAACUAACUCAGAGGAGGAUCGUAAGAAGAAGAGAGACAAGGAGAAGGAGUCAGUGGUAAAAGAAUUGAUUGGCACAAUUGGUCAUGGCGCUGGUUUGAUCAUGGUGAAGAACAGAAGUGGUGACAUUGCCGUCUCUUUGAUUUAGAAAAGGGAACUGUAAUGGUUGUAUAUCAAAAUUGGUUCUUUUUUUUUUGCAUUUUUAGCAUUUCAUCUCCAUUUUUCUUUCUUUUUUGGUUAAACAUCUUCUUAAUAAUAGUCAACAACUGUAUAG